UGCAUCCCCACCAUAGGCUACUACAUGCUACUAACCAACAUUUGUGUAUUUAACGCAAAGAAACUCACAAUAAUGCCCAUUUCCCACUAAUUUUUCCUUCACAGUUUCGUUGAUGCCUGAGAAACACCAAGCUUGCGAUGCGUUACCAGGUAAGGGAGUGAACGCGUGCAGCCAUAGCAACGCUCCUGGUGUAGUUGUGUCUGGUGACACUGGGACGCGGAGUAAAGCCACUAACUGCCCACGUCUACGCUUUCGAAAUCUGGCAGCGUCAGGGUUCAUCUCAAAGCAACCCCGCCAUGGACGAAGCCGAGGACGGCGAUGAAGACCACAAAGAGAUCCUUGACCCUUCCUUCAGGAUGAUGAAGAGUGUGGCACCAGGAGGGGGAGCAACGAGCAGGAUCUCCAACAACAAGGACUCGCGCUCGGUCUCAUGUGGACGCAGCACGGAAUCCACCGCGCUCCUCAGUCACGGAGAUGUUUCCAGGAGCGGGGUUGACGGCGAGGAUGGCACCGGAAUGAGAUGCGUUAUCAACGGAGACUGCCGAAGACACGACAGCUUGUCCUCAGUCCUCUCCAAGCAGGAGAAGCAGACAGGUGGAGGCUUCCCAGCAUCUGCAUGUCACUCCAGCACCUCCAGCAUGGACGGCUCGGUCACUCCUGCCCCGACCGCCGACAAGAAGGACUCCAGGGUUUCCUUCUCCAACGCCCCCCCUGCCCACGGACCGACCCCGAACCAGCCGGAGCAUUCUGUGGGCUUCCCCAAGUCUGAGGAUGGCCAGAUCUCGGCAGAUGAUGGGGAAACCAGGGACAAUCAAACUUACAUGCAGAGGCAGUUUAGCUCCAUGCUACAGCCCGGGGUCAACAAAUUCUCCCUGCGUAUGUUUGGGAGCCAAAAGGCUGUGGAGAAGGAGCAGGAACGAGUCAAAUCCGCUGGCAACUGGAUUAUUCAUCCAUACAGUGAUUUCAGGUUCUACUGGGAUUUCACAAUGCUAAUGUUUAUGGUGGGCAACUUGAUUAUCAUUCCCGUGGGCAUCACCUUCUUCAAGGAGGAGACCACCACCCCUUGGAUUAUCUUCAACGUAGUGUCCGACACGUUCUUCCUCAUGGACCUGGUGCUGAACUUCCGUACAGGCAUUGUCUACGAAGAGAACACAGAGAUAGUACUGGACCCAGAAAAGAUCAAGAUGAAGUACCUGAAGACGUGGUUCGUGGUGGACUUCGUUUCAUCCAUCCCGGUGGAUUAUAUCUUUCUCAUCGUAGAGAAAGGCAUCGACUCUGAGGUUUACAAGACUGCCAGGGCGUUGCGGAUCGUGCGCUUCACCAAGAUUCUCAGUUUACUGCGACUGCUUAGACUGUCCAGACUGAUUCGUUACAUCCAUCAAUGGGAAGAGAUCUUUCACAUGACCUAUGACCUGGCCAGUGCAGUGAUGCGCAUUAUCAAUCUGAUUGGGAUGAUGCUGCUGCUGUGCCACUGGGAUGGCUGUCUGCAGUUCCUGGUGCCCAUGUUGCAGGACUUCCCUUCGGACUGUUGGGUGUCUCUGAACAAGAUGGUGAACGACUCCUGGAGUGAGCUGUACUCCUUUGCCCUGUUCAAGGCCAUGAGCCAUAUGCUGUGCAUCGGGUACGGACGCCAGGCCCCAGAGAGUAUGUCUGAUAUCUGGUUGACCAUGCUGAGUAUGAUCGUGGGAGCCACCUGCUACGCCAUGUUCAUUGGCCAUGCCACCGCCCUCAUACAGUCGUUGGACUCUUCCCGGCGCCAGUACCAGGAGAAGUACAAGCAAGUCGAACAGUACAUGUCUUUCCACAAACUUCCGGCUGACUUCCGGCAGAAGAUCCAUGACUACUAUGAGCACAGAUACCAGGGCAAGAUGUUCGAUGAGGAAAGCAUUUUGGAAGAACUGAACGAGCCAUUAAGAGAGGAAAUAGUCAACUUCAACUGCCGGAAACUGGUGGCGUCCAUGCCGCUCUUCGCCAACGCAGAUCCCAACUUCGUGACAGCAAUGUUAACCAAGCUCCGCUUCGAGGUCUUCCAACCAGGAGAUUACAUCGUUCGAGAGGGAACUAUCGGCAAGAAGAUGUACUUCAUUCAGCAUGGCGUAGUCAGCAUCCUGACCAAAGGGACUAUCGGCAUGAAGCUCUCGGAUGGCUCCUACUUUGGGGAGAUCUGCCUGUUGACCCGUGGAAGACGAACCGCCAGCGUGCGGGCGGACACCUACUGCCGACUCUACUCGCUCUCCGUGGACAACUUCAAUGAAGUACUGGAGGAGUACCCAAUGAUGAGGAGAGCGUUCGAGACCGUAGCCAUCGACCGCCUUGAUCGGAUAGGCAAGAAGAACUCCAUCCUGAUGCACAAAGUACAGCACGAUCUUAACACUGGCGUCUUCAACAACCGUGAGAACGAGAUGAUCCAGGAGAUUGUGAAGUACGAUCGAGAAAUGGUUCAACUAGUUAAACAAGGAGACAUGCAGAGGCCCAGGGCCAUGUCCAUGUCCAUGGCUCCUUCAACUCAAGGGAGCAUGUUUGCACCUUCUAGUCAGCCCUCAACAAGUUCUGCCAUUGCUACCCUCCAGCAAGCUGUUGCCAUGAGCUUCUGUCCCCAGAUGGGCAACACUCUAGUGGGUUCUGGGGCUGUCCAGUCACCUCGCAUGGUGCGGCGCUUCCAGGUGGUCCAGAGCCAGACACCCCCAGGCUCCCAGUACUCCACCUUAGCCCUUGCCUCUGCCCUUGCAGGCACACCGGUCCAUAGCCCUCUGGCAACUACCGGUCGAACAUUCCAGUAUGGUUCCAGCCCCCCAGGUGCACCCUCAGGCUCCCAGUUAUCCCUUGUACAACAACAUGUCCCCAGUCCCACACAUCGACCACUGGUUCCCAGGUGCGCUUUAAGCCAAGAUGCCCGUGCCCUAUCCGCCUCCCAGCCAUCCUUACCCCAUGAUAUGGUACAGCCAGUUGCCCCAAGCCCUUCCCAGUCCACCAGAGUCUCUUCCACUUCAAUCGGUCCCCCCCAGAACCUCCCCGGCCCUGCUGGUAUUAGAGGAAGUUUUCCGCCAAGAAUGGCACUACCCCACCAAAUGUCUGUAGGUGCAUUUUCUCCUGCCUCUCUCCCCCAGAUGAGACCCAGUUUGGAUUCAGGACUGCCCAAGAAGGAUUCAAUAACCAGUCUACCAGAAACUGAACAACAUCACAUCAGAUCUAGAUUAUCAUCAAAUUUGUGACCACGAUAGUGUUGGCAGGCUCUGCCUGGGUCAGGAAUGUGUGGACUCACCUUAACCAAGAACGUUUCCCGAUCCCUUGUCACACCUUUGGAUUUUACUCACAGAAUGUAUGUGGUGCGACUGGUUACAAGGGAAAACAAACCCUCAAGACUUGAUAGCAUUAAAUGAAAAUGACUGUAUCAUUUUUACCACGACCGGGACAUUUCCAUUGUACCUAUGAUAUAAACAUCAAUGUAGCUUCCACCCUCACAAUUUGCCUCUUUGAAAUGUUUUUCUUUAUUGUAGCUGCUCACAAAGAUGUACCCACUCCCUUUUAUGUACUGUAGUACAAAUAAUGCAAACUGGCACGUGUCUGAAUACAGGGACUUAGUUUGCUUCUGAUCACAAUGUAGGAGCUAACCCCCUCUUCUCAACAUGAACCGGCUAGACAUUAGAUACUUAACUUAUAAUACGCAAUAUUAGAGUUGUUAUAGAAAAAUAAAGAUGUAUUUGAAGGCUCAAGAGUCCCAAACCGGUUUCAAAAUGAGAACUUCUGUCCACGUCUUUGUCUUAUUCCUUCAGACCAAAGGAACAUGUUAACAUAAGACGACAUGAAACGAUGUCAAAUGAACUGAAAGGCCUUGAUUUUGAACGUUGUGUAUGUGUGUGUGACCAUAUGUGUGUUUUUUUUUUUCUUCGCUAUCCCACAACAGAGAUUAUUUCAUCGUCUUAAUUUAGCAUUGGGACAAUUAAACGAAUCAACAGUUUCCCAAUGAGUGUUCAUGGAAGUAAAUACCACAUACAUUUUGAGCUAAUUAUGCUGCUAACGUACAAAGUUUAAUGACUGGGAGACUAAUUUGCCCUCAUCUGCUACAUUCGUACGUAUUUAAUUACAAAGGACUUGAGUAGCUUUCUUGAAAAAGUUCAGCUUUUCAUUAUCAAUGAACUAUUUAUUUCAAAAAUUGUGGCUCUGUCCUGUUUGUGAAAAAUCGUUCUCCCUCACAAAUAAAGCAGAGAGUGAAUAAAUAUGACUUAAUGCAGUUUUGAGGGGGAUCGCACAUCUUAGAGGGCAAGUGAGGUUAUGCGAGUAAGUACAUUAGGGUUGAUUACCCCCUCCUCUGCGAUGUGACGAGAUCCAUCAGGCGACGAUGAGUCUCUCCACUAUCUGUUGUUUUGGAGCACUAAACUCACUCGCCAUGGCUACCUAAUGAGGUCUGAUGUCCUCUCGGUCUUUAAAUCCUUGAAAACCUAUUUAUAUUCUGCUGUUACUUACUAUUUCACAGCUUGAAAGAGGCUAGCUCUGUUGUAGCGGCUCCUGUUUGUUCUUGGCAUCCUGGAGGCAAAACCAAGCGCAAAUCGCUCAUUUAUGAUUUAAAGAAAAUAACAAAAUGGGCAAAUGUUUGAAAAUAGCAUCAGACUGUUCAUAUUCAGGGUUUUGAAAAAAAGCAAAUUUUUUAUGACUUAAAAUCAUGUCUUUUAAAUGAUUCCUUAUAGAUUCCUGCCAUAAGCAGAUUAAAAAAAAAAUCAUAUAGCUGUUUUUAAAUGAUGCUCAUAUCCUCAGUUUAUCUUGCACCAAACACAGAUGUUGGAUUUUAUUCAAUAUAUGCCAAGUGUUAUAUUUUUGCCAAAUUCUAAGGAAUAUUUGAAGCAAUAAAGUUUACAGUUUGUCCACGAGAAAGGAAUAUUUGUCUCAGUUGUAGCUAUCAUUAACAAAAUAUGCUCCACUAAAUAUUACUACGUUUUACUAUGCAUUGUGCUAGAGGAAAAAUGUUUUUCUGUUGUUGUUCAAAAAGGAGGUCACACGGCAUAAUUAUUGAUUAAAAAGCCAUGUUUUUUA